CGGUUUCCGAUUGGCUGUAGUGGACCCCUGCACACAUGCAGUGCCCCGACCGCUUCGAGAUAGGGCGGACUUCCUUCAUAUGCGGUUUAAAGCACUCUGCUCACCAGUGGAACAAACAUUUGCCAAGCGGGUUGAUUCAUUAAUGUUGGAGCAUCAUUCGGAUACAGCGAAACAGAUCUAUCCAGUAGUAUUUUCUGUGCAGAAAUAAACAUACAAGUUUGAUCACGGCACGGCAGUACUUUCAUUGUACGUUAUUUUCAGUCUGGUGCAGCCAGUAAUGCUACCGUGACUGACAGCCAUUGCUUUUUGAAAUGCAGUCGGAGGAUUUAUGAAAACGACGAGAUUUUGAACAACGACAACAUUUGGGUACUCCCUGGAAGAAAGGUAUAUUAGUAGUAAGCCAUUUUAAGAUUUUGACAGGAACAGGAGACGCCGAUAAUAUUAGGCGAUGCCACAUUCACCUAUGAACUCUUAGCAGGACAAGAAAUACCUCGUUUUGGAUUGGAGCGCUGCUUAUUGCAAUCUGAAAUAUCUCUGAACGCGUAACAUCUAUCACAGUGAGAAUUUAAUUUUAAUCUGAAAAAAAUGUGUAUAUGUGAUAAGCUCAUCAAGUAAUUCUGCUGAUCGUCUAUUUGACUGUCAGCCCUAGAAUGACCAAGGUGGAGAGGAAAGGUACCUCGCUGAGGAGGUCCUCUCUAGAAGACCAAGUCAAUGGGUCCAUGGUCAGUAUGUUGGCACACUCCUUCAGUUCCAGCGCAGUUCCUGACCUCAUGAAGGCCAAGAGUUCUGUACAGUUUUCCAGAGAGAACAGUUGCAGGAGGACCACUGAAACAGAAGUCUUUGAUGAUGGAACCAACACAUUUUUCUGGAGGGCCCACACAGUGACAGUGCUGUUCAUUCUGACGUGUGCUCUGGGGUAUGUGACAUUGUUGGAAGAAACGCCUCAGGACACCGCCUACAACACCAAGAGAGGGAUUGUUGCCAGCAUCUUGGUGUUCUUGUGCUUUGGUGUAACGCAAGCUAAAGACGGACCUUUCUCAAGACCCCAUCCAGCUUACUGGAGAUUCUGGCUGUGCGUCAGCGUGGUGUAUGAGCUCUUCCUCAUCUUCAUCCUCUUUCAGACUGUGCACGAUGGCAGACAGUUUAUGAAGUUUAUUGACUCCAGGUUGGGUGUACCACUGCCUGAGAAGGGUUAUGGAGGAAACUGCCUUCUCUACGACCCCGGGGACAAAACAGACCCUUUUCACAAUAUCUGGGACAAGAUGGACGGCUUUGUUCCAGCACAUUUUAUUGGCUGGUACAUAAAGACUCUGGUGAUCCGUGAUUGGUGGAUGUGUAUGAUCAUUAGCGUCAUGUUUGAGUUUCUGGAAUAUAGCCUGGAGCAUCAGCUGCCAAACUUCAGCGAGUGUUGGUGGGACCAUUGGUUGAUGGACGUGGUUUUCUGCAAUGGCUUUGGGAUUUACUGUGGCAUGAAGACCCUGAAGUGGCUCUCAAUGAAGACCUAUCAGUGGCAGGGACUGUGGAACAUUCCAACAUACAAGGGAAAAAUCAAGAGAAUUGCAUUCCAGUUUACACCCUACAGCUGGGUGAAGUUCGAAUGGAAACCAGCCUCCAAUCUGCGCAGGUGGCUGGCUGUGUGUGGCAUCAUAUUUGUGUUCUUGCUGGCAGAGCUGAACACAUUCUACCUGAAGUUUGUGCUGUGGAUGCCCCCGGAGCACUGUCUGGUGUUGCUGCGUUUAGUUUUCUUUGUCAACGUGGGAGGAGUGGCCAUGCGAGAGAUUUACGACUUCAUGGACGAUCCGAAAUUCUAUAAGAAGUUGGGACAGCAGGCCUGGAUGGUGGCGGCCAUCACAGUGACAGAGUUUUUGAUUGUGGUGAAAUACGACCCCAACACCCUCAUGCUGCCCCUCCCCUUCCACGUCACCCAGUGCUGGAUUCUGGGAAUCCUUGUCAUCCUCACCUGGACCAUAUGGAGGUUCUUUAUCCGGGACAUCACGCUGCGAUACAAAGAGACGCGGCAGCAGAAGCAGGAGAGUACGAGUGAGCAAGAGAAACCCCUGAGCAACGGCAGCGAGAAUCCGGCAGCGAGAAUCCGGCAGAACAGAGAGGGGGCACGGCACAGGAAAUCCUGAGGAACACUGGACUCUCUACUGCCACCUUCAUAAAGGAUUUUAACAAUGAUAUUGAAGACAUUUUCUCAUUUGCCUCCAGCAGAAUGAAUCCUAAAUAUUUUGUUAAAAAUCUAAAUGGCUGCUGUAUCCCAUGUACAGUGUAGCACUAAUGGUACAUCUCUGAGACAUUGCAGCACAUAGUGUUUUUGUUCAUGGUGUAGCCCCUUUUUUUAAAAUCUACGUAUUAGCCUACUAACUUCACUCCCCUUCAUUUUGAACAUUUACAACCCAGUAGAGGUCAAUUGAAGCCCUCUCCUCCAUGUUGGUCCGCAUCUAUUAAUGUCCCCUGUGAUUUUCAGUUGAAAUUAGAGUUCCACUCCACUGUGCAGUGGUGGGUGGGGGUCUCUUAAUGCAUGCAGACCAACAUGGAGGAGUGUUGAUGCUGCGUUCAAUAAACUGAUUAGACAUGACAGGUUGAACAACGAUCAGAGGGGAAGUGAAAGGAAGCUUCUCAAACAGAGGUACGUAGAUUUUUAAAACUGUGAUUUACCACACCUUUAAAACCUGGAAUAGAUUGAAAGGGGUGAUAUACUCUGUCUGGCCACUCAUUAGAAAUACAUCUGUUACCUGAACACGUGGGUGAAUGGUAGAGCAGUUAUUCUGCAUACUGGUUCCUUGCUUGUUUUUUUGACGUCCUUGUUGCUAGUGAUGUGGAUGGUCCAAUAGUUUUGGGUGAUGUCAACUUGACAACAUUCUCAGUUCUUUUUAAAAGAUGUUGUUUUCUCUGUUGCCAUGCUGCUUCUGACUAGCUCUCAGUUAAGUUAGAAUUUUGAGUCUGCAUAGCAGCUUGGUAUGUAGCUUAAAGAUGGUGUUUUUACAAUCAGGUUUCUGCUGUUGGCUUUGGUACCACUUUCUGUAUUCUUGUUUAGUUCCACUUUUUUAUUGAUUUGAUCAAUUUAAAACAUGUGGUACCCCACAGCUGGAGCACUGGCAAAUGAGCACCUAUCAGUGGUUAUCCCAGGAUUACUCCUAGAAAUUAACAGUUGCUGUAACAUACUUCUAAAAAUCAGGGUAUAGGUUGAUCAAAUCAAGUCAUAAUAUACAGAAUGCUGGCCAAAUGUUAUAUAAACUGUAUGUAUGCAAGCAAUCAAAUGCCAAAUAGGGUGUCUUUUUAAUACAGGUAAUACAGUACACAAUCCGUGCAAAUGGUACCGAAGCUAAUACAGGAUAGGACAUUUGAUUUUAAAAUCAUAAGAACUGCACUUAUUAGGGAAAUUGUGGAGGAAAAAAAAUGUGAUGGGUUCUAAUAAGGUGGCAAGGCAGUGUAUAUCAUUAUUGUGUGUGUUUUUAAGGUCUAUAUAAAGUUAAAAAAAAAUGCUUAAGGGCUGUUAUGUUUUAGCCUUAAGUAUCAUUCGCACAGGGUCUAAAUUUACUGGGAAUUAUUUAACCAUGAAUUAUCUAAAUGAAGAAAUUGUACCAUUUCUGAAUUCAGGUAGGGACUGGAGUGUAUUAUGGCGUGAUUUCUUCUACUGUAGGUCAUGCUGUGAACUAAAAAAAAAACAAACAAACAUUGAUUUCAAAUAAUAUAAUCAAUAAUAAU